AGCCAUGGUUCUACACGCCGACGCUGGAGCAUUAGAUCAGCCGCCCUAGCCCAUUCUCCAAGGAUUCAAAGGGGGACACUACCACCUGCUCUUUAAAAUCAUCGAACACAUUUCACAACAAGAUGGGUAAAGAGGGAAAUGCUGCUGACACAGAGCCUGACUUUGAUGAAGUCAUUCAUGCAACGGGUUACUUUGGUCGGUACCAUGCCUUGCAGGGGACGCUCCAGAUGUUGAUAGGCUUCUCAGUUGCAUACCCCCUGCUCUCCAUCGUCUUCACGGGCUAUGAAAUUCCUCACAAAUGCAAAGAACUCGUCAAUAUUACAAGCAUCAACCUCCAACAUGUCGUCAUUAACAAUUCAACAAGUAUUGAAUAUGGAGAGUGUGAAAUAAAGGUUGAAAACAACAUUUCGGGUGUUGUGAAAAAGGAUUAUCUCCCUUGCGUCGCGGGACAUAAUUACAGUCAGCCCAUAUAUGUGUCAUUCGUUGCGGAGUGGGACUUGGUGUGUGAGAAGGCCGGACUAGGCGAGCUAUCUCAGACAAUAAUGAUGCUUGGUCAAGGCUUUGGAGGACUCAUCUUUAGCAUCAUGGCCGAUAAGUAUGGGAGGAAGCCCAUCUACAUCGCCACCCUGUACGGUCUGGCCGCACUCUGCUUCGGAAUGGCGUUCUCCAAUGGCAUCCUCGUAUAUAUCAUCAUACGGUUCCUCAUUGGAGCUUUUCAGCAGGGGUCGGGUCUUACAGCGUAUACCAUACUUGUGGAGAUGCUGACGACUGAACAUCGCCCUCUUGCGGGGACUAUUGGUGGUGUAGUGUGGUCCCUCUCCGUCAUGACAUUGGCCCCGGUUGCAUACCUGAUGCAGGACUUCAGCUGGCGAUACCUGCAGAUCGCCCUCAGCUGUGUCACUCUCUAUGUCUUCAUCCUUUACUGCACGCUGGACGAAUCACUACGGUGGCUACUUACAAAUAACAAAAUAGAUGACAGUAGGAGGAUCGUACGGAAAGCCACGGCCAUGAACAAGUCUAACGUGAGCAACGCUCUCAAAGUGCUAGAGCGAACUAUCAGGCUUGUUUCUCAGGUAGUAGUAGCUGAUGCACCAAACACCGCUGACAAAGUGAGUGGAGGAAGUUCCUUGUUGGUGAAUGAGGUCAAGGUUGGCGGCGAGAGUGAAGGCCGGGUUGACGGCAGUGUGCAGUAUUCCAUCCUUGACCUGUUUCGACACAAGGCCAUCCUGUAUACUUCGGCUAUCACCUGGUACAUCUGGACAGUUAACAGUCUGACGUACUACGGGUUGUUCCUGACUGCGUCGUCAUUGGCAGGGGAUCGGUUCCUCAACUUUUUCCUGUCUUGCGUGGUGGAGAUUCCUGGAACGAUCUCAGUAUACUUUAUGCUCAAACGGUUUGGACGACGUCAGGUGGCGAUGAUCUACCAUUUCAUGGCGGGUACCUCUCUCAUACUCUCUGUCAUCAUCCUCACUACCGCAGGUCACACAUAUGCAGGUGGGUCAGCAGCUACUGCACUCAACAUGUUUGGGAAGUUCGCCAUCACUGGAUCCUUCAACGCUCUCUUCAUCUACAGCCCCGAGCUGUUCCCCACAAACCUCAGGAUGGCAGGUUUAGGAAUGGGGUCGACUAUGUCGCGGGUAGGUGGGAUGACGGCACCGUACUCAGAUCGACUGGCUGCGAAGGUGAUAUGGGGUCCAGGGGCUCUGUUUGGGACACUCUGCCUUAUCGCUACGUUCCUCAUACGAUUCCUCCCAGAGACAAAGGGACGAGAACUCCCCACAACAAUAGAGGAAAUCAAUGAGAUGUACACAAGGAAACGAAAACCAAAGCAAGAUGAGAAGCAGGAUGACAGUUUGGCAGUAAUUGGUCUUGAAGAGGCAGCAGUUGGUGUUUUAGAGGCAGUAAUUGGUGUUGAAGAGGCAGAAAUUGGUGUUGAAGAGGCAGCAGUUGGUGUUUUAGAGGCAGUAAAUGGUGUUGAAGAGGCAGUAACUGGUGUUGAAGAGGCAGUAAUUGGUGUUGUAGAGGCAGAAAUUGGUGUUGAAGAGGCAGUAAUUGGUGUUGAAGAGGCAGAAAUUGGUGUUGAAGAGGGAGCAGUUGGUGUUUUAGAGGCAGUAAUUGGUGUUGAAGAGGCAGCAGUUGGUGUUUUAGAGGCAGUAAUUGGUGUUGAAGAGGCAGAAAUUGGUGUUGAAGAGGCAGCGGUUGGUGUUGUAGAGGCAGUAAUUGGUGUUGAAGAGGCAGUUACUGGUGUUGAAGAGGCAGUUACUGGCACGAUGGACCAUACUAACCUCGACCGGGUGCUGAACACGCUGAAAUGGUACGGGAGGUACCAGGCGACACAGUUGGGUCUCAUCUACAUGUCCGUGCUCCCUGGGUCCCUCACCAUCCUCUCCUACAUCUUUGUGGGUUAUGAUGGCCCGCACACGUGCAGUGGGGUGGCAAAUACAUCGGACUUGGGUCUGACUGUCCGGAACGACAGCAGAAUCAGGUACGGCGAGUGCGACAUCUUCGUUGACACCAACACAAGCCAGGGCAUCGUGACUGAACGUACUGAUUGUGUAGCUGGAAACACCUACCUGGAACACAAACAGGUGUCCAUGGUGUCUGACUGGGAUCUGGUGUGUGAGCAGGCAACGCUUUCGGAGCUCACCCAGACUUUGUUUGUGUUGGGGCAAGCGACGGGCGCCAUCUUGUGUUCGUCUCUCUCGGACAGGUUCGGCCGGAAGUGGACGUACACAACCAGUGUGAUGGGCCUGAUCGUCACAGGACUCGUUUUGGCUUUCUCUCCAAACUAUGCCGUUUUCGCGACUUUUCGAUUCAUCGGCGGGAUCUUCCAGCAAGGGACGGAUCUGACGAUAGCGACGAUGAUACUAGAGUGGGCGCCAACAGACAAGAGGUUCAAAGCUGGAACUAUCGGGAGCUGCCUGUGGGGUUGUUCUCUCGUUACCCUCGCGCCCCUCGCAUACCUCCUCCGUAACGUCAGCUGGAGGUACCUACAGCUGGCGGUGGCCUUGACCGCCAUGUAUUCCCUCAUUUUACCCUUCAAACUGGAUGAGACACUCAGGUGGUUGAUGGCCAAUGGAAAAACGAAAGAAGUGGAAAGGAUAUUGAAGAAAGCCGCCAAAAUUAACAACGUCCCAAUAGAUGACGUGAUGGCGUCGUACAAUUACUCCGAGAAGGUCACUCCCAACGCUGCAGACAAGGGCAGUGAGGACAUGGUGCGACCAGUGAACGGGAUUAGCAAUGGUAUCAAGAAAACCGUAGUUGAGGCUACCGUACACGUAGCUACUGACGCCAACGACGUACAGAUGGUCGACUGCAUCGAGAAUGAGUCUACCGCUGAGAUCGAAACUAAGACAUUGCUUCUAAACAGUCAGAACGGGAACGGCGUGCUGCAGAAGAUGACGGACGACGACGACAAUGGAGUAACUCACAAGCCUACUAAAAAGUACAAUCUGCUUGAUAUCCUCAGGAACAAGAUGAUUUUUAAAAACGCACUUAUUGUGUGGUACUGUUGGAUCGUGGAUUCUCUGGUGUAUUAUGGGUUGUACAUGACGUCGUCCACACUGGCAGGAAACCGCUACCUGAACUACUUCUGUAACUCCGUGGUCGAAGUCCCGGCAGCUCUUCUCAUCUAUUUGACUCUAGAAAGAUUUGGCCGGAAGAAGCCUUCACUGAUGUUUCACACCACAGCUGGAGUGAGUUUGCUUGGGGCCGUUCUGCUCACGACAUUCGUGGCUGACAGCCAGGCGGCCCAGAUCGCCGCCACCAUCUUGUCUAUGAUCGGGAAACUCACGAUUACGACGGCCUUCGGCACCCUCUUCAUCUACACUCCGGAACUGUUCCCUACAAACCUUAGGAACGUUGGUCUCGGAGCAGCGUCCUCGGUGUCUAGGCUUGGAGGAAUGCUAUCACCAUACGCCUCAAAGCUUGCAAAGGUCGUGGCCUGGGCUCCGGGUGCAAUCUUUGUGAUCAUGUGCCUCCUGGCCGGCUUCUUCAUCCAGUUUCUACCGGAAACACGUGGUCACGAGCUGCCGCAGACGAUGGAAGAAAUCAAAGAAUGGUACCGAGCCAACAUCCCCGGCCAGAAAAAGAAAGAUAAACGCUCUGAUGCCAUAUAAUUCUCACCACCUCGGACAUACUGACGCUGAAGUUGAUAGUGUAUGUAAAUAUAAGUAUGAAACCAGCCAUAAAGCGCGUGGUGACAUCAUGUAACUGACAUCCAAACUGCACGUGCCGUCGUGGACAGAAGAUACGCAUCCAGGCGAGAAGAUAUGUAAUCACUCACUUCAAUUUGAAUUUUGUGAACCAAAUGAAGUUGUUAUUGUCGAAACCUCUCCAACUGCCAAAUAAAUUGAUUCUACUGCAA